CGUUUACUAUGGGGAAGCAAAGACAAAAGAAAAAGACAUCGAGAAGAAGAAUGAACCCUAUUCAAAGAAAAGGAAUAGAGGCUGGUGUUAGCCAAGCUAGUUCAACAAUACCUACACCAGAACAAGUAAUACCUGUUGUUGAUCGACUUUCUUGUGAUAACCCAACAGAAAGAGCCUGGGCAGCAGCUUGUAUUUCAAACCUUGUUAUUUCAAACGCACAAACAAGAAAGAUCUUGCUUACCAAAGGUAUUGUUCCAACAUUGAUUCAGAGGCUUGGUGAUAACCAACAAGAGGUUCGGGAUGAAUCACUCGGUGCUUUAAGAAACCUCGUGUCUGUGGAUAAUACAAUAGCGAAAGAAUAUUAUUCUCGAAAUAUCAUGGAACCUUUGUCCAUGUUACUUCCACAAAUUGCGAAUACGAUCAACUCCAUAGUGCAAAAGGAACCUAUUCAAGAUGAAGCAGAUCAAAACAGAAGAACAACAAUUUGGGAUGUAGCAGAGAAUUUCAUUUACAUUAUUUGGUGCAUUAGUGAAGCAUCUGAUAAGUAUAUCAAAGCUAUUAACAGAAUGAACCUUGUAUCUUUUUUGACAUCAUUUUUAUUAAACAAUGGCCAUUGUCCAUCUCGAGUGGUGAUUGCAGCAGGUCAAUGUUUGACUACUCUGACUGAUGAUAACAAGGAUUUGUAUAUUGAAUUCGAAAACCAUCCCGAAUAUACGCAAUCUUUAUUAAGCAUUGUCAAGAAUGAGAAUGAAAAUAUCCUUGUUCAAGUAUUAGCUUGUGCUAUUCUGACCAAUGUGCGUGAUGUAGUGCGAUUGUCUACUUCAUGGGAUGAUGAGGGCGAUACUGCUAGUGAACUCAACAAAAUUUUGGUUCCUGUGCUUAUGAAAGCAUUAGACUAUGAUAUUCAGGAAGCUGCAGCACAUACUAUUACAGCUGUUCAGAGUGGACGUAUGCAUCUCCACAAAGAAACGUCUGAUAUUACACCUAAGCCAAAGCAACCAUUAACCAAUGAAGAAAUCUUUGUACAAGGCGUAGAAGACAAACUGUCUAUUAUUCAAUUAGCACUUGAAUUAUUAGCAGACAUAUGUGUUCAGGAUGAUGAAUCAGAAGAGGACGGUUAUCAAGAUGAGGCUAUGAUGGAUGAUGAUGAUGGUGAACCAAAAGAACAAGAAGAUGAAGAAGAUGAAGAAGAUGAAGAAGAAAACACUGGGCUGUUUGCUGAUAAACCUGUUGUGGACGAAGCAUUUAUUCAAGCAAAUCCUGUCUUACAUGCUUAUAUAUACCAAAUAUUUCCACACUUAAUCCGACUCUCGACUACAACUCCAAUUUCAUACCAACAGACUUCAUUAGCCCCUACUGUCUCACAAAACAUUGUGUUGACUCACCAACGUACAUUAGAGUGUUUAAAUAACUUUUUGCUUGCCAUGAAUGACAUUCCUGGUAAAUACUGGUUCAAGACACACAGGACAGAUGCUGUGCAACUAUGGAGAUGGCUGUUUACUAUUGCAGAUCAAGUGGCUAAUAGUAAUCCAGAAGAAUGGGCAAGAAAUGCUAUUUUGGAAGCAGUGAUAGGCUGUUUAUGGGCUCUAGGAAGAGGACUUGAGCAAGAUAUUCCAUUGGAACCUACAGAUGUGGGGGCUUUAUGUGGAACAUACGAAAUGAUCCCACUAGAGACAAUGCGUGUCAAGAUAGUAGGCUGCUUGGGUCCUAUUGCAAUGCGCAAAAAUGAUAUAGAAACAAACAAGGUUAUUGGUGUGUUUGUCAUGAAAUUGUUAUCAGAAAAGAAAUACAGUAGUCCAGCAGUGAUAGUUGAAGCACUAAAUCUAGUGUAUGAUGUCUAUAGUGAUUGUGCAUUUGACUAUGAUUAUCCAGUCUUUAUUCAAGGUGACUUCUUGAACGCGUUGAGACAGGCUGUUUCUUCUGUUCGAUCUAUGGUCAAAGCAAUUGAUCGUAGAAGAGACUUUGAUUUAAGAAUGAGAGCAGAUGAAGCACUUGAGAAUCUAAAUGCAUUUAUCAAGUAUAAAAAGAGCGAACAAAAUAGACGAAAAUAAUAAAAAGUUUCAUACUAUGAAUUAUCAAUUUAACUACUCAUUCCAUAAAGCAUUUCAUUUACACAUGGCUUUUGAUGAUACAGCUGUAGUCUGUUUGGUUCCUUUUUUUUUUAAAAGAGGCUUUGGUC